CACAGAUAACCAUGUUCUCACCGUACGGUUACAACUACUUUAACCCCAGACCACAACGCUCACCAUGGGGCUAUCCCCAACAACGUCAUCCGAGGGGAUAUUACAACACGGACGAAGACGAUCUCCAAGAGCGAGCCAGGGCUUUGGCCGAACAACGCGCAAGACGCGCACAGUGGCUCCCAGACGAGGUCGACGACGAUGACGACUGGGAAUACCGACAACUACCUCCUCGAGAGCGCAUGUACAUCGAUGCAGCACGGAGACGGCAACAAUUAGAGCAGCAGCAGCGGAUACAACAUGCUGCUCGGGAGAGGGCGUUGGAGGAGCAGCGUUGGCAGCAGCAACUGGAGCAGCGGCAGAAAGAGGAGGACGCGCGACGACAGCGGAUCUUAGAGGAGCAGAGGAAAAUCCAACAACAGAAGCGGGAGAGGAUGGAGGCUCGUUUGCGCGAGGAGGCAGAGAGGCGACAGGCACAGGCAAAGGCCCGUUCUGCAAGUCCUUCACCUGAGGCUCGUCCGGCCCAAAUCCCCAUCGACGACGCUACACAACCAACACCAAAUCCACCGUCACCUCAGCCAGAGGAGGAGCAGUCUCCAAUACCCGAGUACGACGAGCGGCAUCACGAGGCUGCAACUCUCAUUCAAAAUAAAUAUCGCAUCCACCGGUCGCUCAAGGCCAUCGACGAGCUGAGGAAGGAAUUCUACGUCCACAAGGAUCGUUUCUCCUUCCCCUCGUCAAUUGACUUCCAAAAGCCCGGGGGCGGUGAAGGUUAUAUCAGCGUCCCUGCACCUCCACCAUCAGACGAAACCGACGAAUCUUCACCAAUGGACGUCGAUGGUCAGCCUGACGGAAAGCUCGCCUACACCUCCCACAACUACAACAUCCAUGCCUAUAACGAAUUCAUGAUGAAACAACUGACGAAGCUUGACGGCGUGGAGAGUUUUGGAGAGAAGGCUGUGAGGAAUCGGAGAAGAGGGGUGGUGAAGGAGAUCGAGAGGGAAAUUUUGAAGCUGGAGAAUUGGUGGAAACGAGCUUGGCGGGAAUAUGUGGCUUCGCAGGAACCCCUGUAGUCGUUCCCUUUGGACUUCUAUUCGCCAUCCCAUUCGCCUUUGGACGCUUGUACUAUAGAACCAGUGUACCUUUAUUGUCUGUACUGUAUACAAGAAUAUUUCG